CUCCUACAAUGCUUCAACACCAGAUCUACAUUAUCUAAUUUAUUUACUUCCAUUAUGGGUUUAUCCUCAUGUUUCUUCUCAUUUAUACGCUUACUUCUUUGGCUCUCAUUAUUUCAUCUUACACUCCUCGCUCAUUUUACUUCUUCUAUGAAGCCACUCUGCCAUGAUGAUGAGCGUUCUUCCUUGUUACAGUUCAAUGCAAGCCUAAUUAUCAAUGAGUUUGCUUCUGGAAACCCUUCUGCUUAUCCCAAGGUUGUAUACUGGAAGGCUGAUAAAGACUGCUGCUCAUGGGAUGGUGUCACCUGUAGUGAGGUUACUGGUCAUUUGAUCGAGCUUAACCUCACCAGUAGCUACCUCUACGGUUCCAUCAACUCUAGCAGCAGUCUCUUCCACCUUGUCUAUCUCGAACGGCUUAUCCUUCGUGAUAAUGACUUCAAUGGCUCCAAAAUCCCGUCCGCAAUCAAGAACCUUUCCAGGUUGUCAUAUCUUGACCUAUCUGGUUCUAGUUUUUCUGGUCAAAUGACAUGGGAGGUCCUAGAGCUCUCAAAUUUGGAGACCCUCGACUUAACGUCUAAUUUUAACUUGAAGCUCCAAAAGCCAGGUCUAAGAAGCCUAGUUGAGAAGUUAACCCACCUCAAAUUCCUAGCUCUUGAUUAUGUCAAUAUUUCUUCUCCGAUACCUGAUAUCUUGGCAAAUUUAUCUUCAUUGACUGACUUAUCUCUCGAAAUGUGCCAAUUGCAAGGUAAAUUCCCCACAAAGAUAUUCCAAUUACCCAACCUUCGCAGUAUCAGCGUGCGGUUCAAUCCAGAUCUCUCUGGCUCCUUGCCAAAUUUUGAAAAGAACAGCCCCCUUGAAGAUCUGAGAGUUGAGGGAACGAGAUUUUUCGGUAAGAUUCCAUAUUCAAUAGGGAAUCUUAAAUCCUUACAGUUCCUGUAUUUAGGUGAGCUGCCACCUGCUAUUGGAAAUCUUUCUUCUUUAGAAGAACUAGACAUUUCUUCAAACCGUUUUUCAAGCCAAGAUUCUCGUUCAUAUUCAUGGAUGGCUAAGUAUAGUAAACUUACUUUCUUAAGCCUUUCAAACACAAGUUUAGUUGGAGAAUUUCCUUCUUGGCUUAUGAGCCUAACAAAUCUUACUAAUUUAUAUAUGGCCCAAAACGAAUUAUAUGGUACAAUCCCUUCUCAAAUUAGUAACCUAACGAAACUCACUUUGCUUGCACUUCACGGAAAUCAAUUCCAAGGUCCAUUUCCUAGCGCUCUCUUUGACCUCGAGAAUCUUGAGUGGAUUUACCUUGACUCAAAUAAUCUGAAUGGCACACUGGAUAUGGACAUGCUUUUUAAUAAGCUCAGAAAUUUACAACAUUUAACUCUCUCUUCAAACAAUUUUUCAUUGAUCACCGAUGUCAAUGGCCAUACUAAAGUUCCGAAAUUUAGGAAUCUUGGAUUGGGGUCCUGCAACCUUAUUGAGUUCCCAAACUUCUUGCAGGAUCAAGAUCGAUUGGAGUACCUAGACCUUUCCUCAAACAAGUUGGUUGGCCAAAUACCUAGAUGGUUUUUCAACUUAAGCGUUGAUUCAUUGCAAAACUUGGACCUUUCUGACAAUCUUUUAACAGGUUUUGACUGACAUUCUGUUUUCUUUUCUUGUUCUCCUCGAGUCUUUUUAGGCUUAAGGUCAAAUAAGCUGCAAGAAUAUGCCAUUGUUAAUGUUAAUUCUUAAUCUUAGUUUCCAAGUUUGUAUUUGUAACUUAUAAUUAUAAAUAAUAAAAA